CUAAAUCAAUUAAUUAAUUAGAUUAUGGAUCUGUCUGUGGAGUGCUCCGGCAAGCGCGCGUUCUCGCCGGCGGCGGCGACCAAAUCUGUGAAGAGACGGCGGCGACGAUCCCCGUCGGUGUUAGCUCUUGGCUAUGGCGAUCAACAGCCAUCGCCAUUUCAGCUGGACCCCAUACCUUCCUCUUCCCCUACUGCUACUACAACCACCAAGAGGAGUUCGAGGUUUAGGGGAGUUAGCAGGCAUAGGUGGACAGGGCGAUUUGAAGCUCAUUUAUGGGAUAAAGGGACUUGGAAUCCAACACAGAAGAAGAAAGGGAAACAAGUAUAUCUUGGAGCAUACGAUGAAGAAGAAGCUGCUGCAAGAGCAUACGAUUUGGCUGCAAUCAAGUACUGGGGAACUUCAACCUACUCUAACUUUCCGAUUUCUGACUACGAUAAAGAGAUCGAAAUCAUGCAGACUGUAACCAAGGAAGAAUACUUGGCUUCUCUAAGACGUAGAAGUAGUGGCUUUGCAAGAGGUGUCUCCAAGUAUAGAGGUGUUGCAAGGCAUCAUCACAACGGAAGAUGGGAGGCGAGGAUCGGGCGGGUAUUUGGGAACAAAUAUCUCUACCUCGGAACCUAUGGUACUCAAGAAGAAGCUGCCCAUGCCUACGACAUUGCAGCAAUCGAAUACCGGGGGAUCAACGCUGUGACAAACUUCGACUUAAGCACCUACAUUAGGUGGCUAAGGCCAACAACCGGUGACGAUCAUCAUCGCAAACCCUCGCCACAAGGAUAUGAAUUAGGGUUAAGUUUCGACAACAACAACGCCACGAUGAAUAUGCAUUUACCCGAUUCGACCUACAAAAGUCUCAUAAAUUCCCCUAAAUCCAACUCCUACGCCGUAAGCAAUCCCGCCAUUUCUCAAAAACACGAAAUCAUCGAGAGGAAAAACCCUCUUAGCCCUUGCAAUACCCCGUCCGCGUUAGGGCUUCUCCUCCGGUCCUCGUUGUACAAAGAAAUGGUUGAAAAGACCACAACUUGCCGCGUCAAAGAUGAGGAGAAUGAUGAGAAGCCCCGACAAGAUGGCGCAUUCACGCUCUAUCGUGAAAACGAUGACAUGAUCAGAGGCGAAACCAAAAUAAACAGUUCAAUAUUGUAUGAUCAUCAAUCUGAAGAGAAUUUCUGGAAUGAGUGCAAUAAUAAUACAGUAUGA